AUGCCUCGUAAUAAAAUAUCUAAUAAUAUUGAAGGGAUCGUCAAAUAUCGUUUGACGAAAACGUAUUUGUAUUCUGUGAUACAACAAGAAUUAUCUGAAAUGAAUCUUAAUGUUUUAAAAGGUACUAUUAGUCGUAUUGCUAACAAACUUGGAAAAGAGUGCCGGUUUGGUUUAUUAAAUAAACAGAAGCCAAAAUUUUAUCGUCGACGCCAUUUAGCAACACCUGCAACUGUUUGUUGUAUUACGUUAUAUAUAGGUAAAGAAAAUCCUCCAACAAUCUCGUUAAUGCCUGCAAGAUGUAAUAUUAGUGAUGGUACUGCUGUUAGUAUUAUUCGUGAUAUUAUCCGUGCAAAAUAUGAACCAUUUAUUAAAUAUGUUAUUCCUCGUUUAUCUCCUGGUGAUACACGAAUGAAAAUGAUUCUUCAUCAAGACAGUGUACCGGGUCAUACAGCAAAUAGGGACACAAGUGCAACACAAUCAAUUCGAACAUUUGGUAAAAGUGUUGAUGGUUGGCUUCGUGCAGCAUUAGGUCAUUUACCAGAACGAUUAAAAACAAUAAAAUUAACAAUAAUAAAUGCAUUUGCAAUGACAUUAAGACGUUAUACAUCAUUAAAUCAUUUAGCUCAAGCAGCACGAGCUGUUCUUCUUAAUUCAACACAAGUUAAUCAAAUGUUAGCUGAUUUAAAUAAAGUUGAUUUUCAUAAUGUUCAAGAACAAGCAUGGUGGGUAUGUGAAUGUGAUGAUAAUUUAGUUUCUCGUAUUGAAAGAGAAUUUAAAAAUCAUUUAUCAUCUCAAUCAACAUUAGAAGAUUGGUCACAAUGGCUUGAUUUAUUAUUAACUGAUCUUCUUAAACCAUAUUCAAAUUUAACAGCUGAAAAAUAUACAAAACAAGCAAAACAAAUUCUUUUAAAUUGGUCUUUUUAUUGUUCAAUGGUUAUUAGAGAUUUAACAUUACGUAGUGCGGCAUCAUUUGGUUCAUUUCAUUUAAUUCGUCUUCUUUAUGAUGAAUAUUUAUUUUAUUUAAUUGAACAUAAAAUAGCAUCACAUACACAAAAAACUCCAAUUGCUGUUAUGGCUGAAUUAACUCUUCAAAAUAAAUUAUCAAUUUAUGAUGGAAUUAAUCCAUCUAAUGGAUUAGCAUCAACUAUUUCAAUUGAACGUCGAAAUAUUCAACCAAAAAUCUCAUUAGUUGUUAAAAAAGAUACACUUUCACCGGCUCAAAUAUUAACAUUAUCUGGUUCAACAGUUCAAUUACCAAUAAUUAAUAAAAUAGUAUCAGCAGCUAAAUUAGCAAGUCAACCAACAACAAUAACAACAUCAACAUCAACAACAACAACAACAAUAACAACAGCAACAACGAAUUCAGCUCAACAAAAUGAUAAAGACAAUAUUAACUGUGAUUCAGUUAAAAGACUUAAAACAACAGAUGAACUUGUCGCUGUUUGA